UUGUCAACAUCAUGAACGAAAACAGAAAUUUGUCGUCAGUGAGCAGUGCUGGCACGAUCGAAGACGAAAUACUAUUAAAGAAACAAAUAAUCGGCAAUCACAUAUCAAAUACAACAGCUCCGGAUGACGCGUUUUAUAAGUUUGCGCAUCCUGUAUUAAACGAGAUGCAGGCAGCCGUAGAGAAGAAUGUGAAAGCUCUGGAAAACCUACAAGAGCAUGUGAAACCAGAGGUUGAUGAAUGGCACAAGAAAGAAGCUCGAUCACACAUCAUCUCUGGCCCUCUACCGGGAAGCGGUCAGGCAGUAGUAGAGGUUAUAGAGAAACUAGAACAAAUAAUUCUGUACGAUGAAGACGAGGAUGAAGACGACAGUUCUAGGCAAAGGGAAACCCCAUUACAAGUACUCGAUGAGGAUGGUAAAAUGGCCGUCCUGUCUCACAGCGUGGCAGCCUACAUGUCCACGCUGGACCACGGUCACCUCAGACGCCUGACCACACGCAUAGUCUCCGACACGACCAUCUGGCUGGCCAAGUUUUUCAGGUUCUUCGGCAGUUCGGCGUUCUUCCACGAGGACUACAGGGAGGGGCUGCUGCGCGUCUGCCGUCUCGUCCUCCACCGCAGGUACCCCAAGUACGCGAGCGAGGGAUUCGAGGCUCUCUACCGGAGACCCCCCGUCUUGUACCUCAGUGCGGCCGCUAGAGGAGGCAUGGCCCAGUUCCUCUGUGCCCAGCUGGGACUGCCUUCGUCUUGUGUGUCAACUGUACCCUGUGGGGUAGAAACUUGGAACCGAUAUAAAAUGGACAAGGUAAAGCUUGAAAAGUUGAUACGUGACGACAUCGCAGCGGGAAGGUUACCUGUCCUCGCCGUGGCAAAUGCUGGUACGCCGGUCGUCGGACAGGUCGACGACAUAGAGGGCGUUCAGGACCUGUGCAAGACGCACGACAUUUGGCUUCACGUUGAAGGUCACGGCCUUGCCAGCCUCGUUCUCACGGACACGCCGAACAACCCCGCGGCUUCCAAGAUGGCAGACAGCAUGACGUUGACGCCCGGCACGUGGCUGGGCGUGCCCGCGCUGCCCUACGUGAGUCUGUACGCGGCGUCGGAGCCCGCCCUCGUCCACGCCGCGGGCCUCGCAGCAUUCAACAGCCACCUGCGUCUCAGCUGCCUGCCGCUGUGGCUCUGCCUGCAGAAGCUUGGCAGUGAGGGCGUGUGCGGACGCGUCGGACACGCCUGCGAACUGAGUGUGGUGCUGCACGAGGAACUUGGCAAGUGUCCAGCUGUCAAGUUGAUCUCCAAGGACAUGAGCCGGGACGGACAGCGGUCAAAGCCGGAACUCUCCCCCGGCUCUAAAUCUCCGCUCAUCAACUGCAGCGUGAGCGCGCUGGUCAUGUUUGAGAGAGUGCCACCGGCAUGUGUAUUCAGGUAUACAGGUGACCCAGAGGCUUCAGGAGUGGAGGUGGCGCCGUAUGCAGAGAAUGCAGAGGAGAGGAACAGUUGCAACAAUUCGUCCUACAUCGACGCGCUCAACAACUGGCUUGGCCAGACGAUGCAGAGGGACAUGCAGGAAGUUCUCAUUGACCUCAUUGACCUUGAGAGCGACGGCGUCUGCAUACGUUUCUGCCCCCUGGAGAAUGCUCAUGUCGUUGGCACGACGAUGCAAGACGUAGAAGACUUCAUUGCCUGUCUCACGGACAAGAUCGCCAUCUUGAACGCCACCGUUCACCAGAGACUGCUCUUCCGCAACAUCGUCAAGUCGAACGGCAACCUGCGGCUCGUCGACAUCGGCAACUGGGCCGGUCUCGGUGCCGUGCAGUUUGUCGAGCAGAUGGCGGAAGUCGUGAAGAAGGGAAUCGAGGCGGUUAACAAAGACUUGGAGCAGGAAAAUGCUGAGAAAAUCAUGCAGGAAGGCGUCCUUCGCUACGUGCCCCUGGUAGGGUCUCUCGUGAAUUGGUGGUCGCCGCCACCUAAAGAGGUCGGCAUCAGGGGUAGAACGUUCGACCUCACCUCAGGUAUGAUAGAGAGCACGGAGAACACGUACAAGUACCACAUGCAGAUCCAGCACGGUCCCGCUCCCAUACAGAAGCUUCAGAUACUCGCGCAGCCGCACGGCAACGACGGCUCGUCGCAGCAGACGACCGGGAGCGAGAAGUCGUCGUCGUCGCCCGAUCACGCGUCCAAGACCCCGACGACGACGACGAGUUCGGACGAUAGCGGCGACGGCAGCUCCGAAGCUAGCCGCGAGAGUCUCCGACGGGAGCUGACGUCAGGAGGAGGAGAAGCCGAGCGAUCGCAGUACGACCGGCAGGGCAGGUAUGCGAUGAAGCGUCCCCCGGCCGUGCCAGCCGUGCCCGAGGACGAGGAAUCUGCCGAGGAGACGGCGGCGCCCCCUGCACCAUGAGCGAACAGCGCGGAGGAGACGGCGGAGGAGACGGUGGCGCCCCCUGCAGCAUGAGCGAACAGCGCGGAGGAGACGGCUGAGGAGACGGUGGCGCCCCCUGCACCAUGAGCGAACGGCGCGGAGACGGCGGCGCCCCCUGCACCAUGAGCGAACGGCGAAAUCUGAACAAGCGGCAGCAUAGAGGGUGCCACUAGGAAACAGCGAUGUCUAAAUACGCAGAGGAGACGGCGGUACGCGCGACUUUACCGAAAAUGAAUAAAAUGAAUGAGAUAUCGUCGUGCGUCGCUGGUCGUGCCGCGCCGUGCCCUCGAUGACAUGAUAUCCUCUUCCCUUAACCGACCUGUCAGGAUCCUCCGCCUCUCUCUUCCACGCUCCCCUCCACCCUUUCAUCUUCGCGCUUCCGGCGACAAGCCAAAAGAACAUCGCAGACCGACGACUGCGAGAGAAAAAUCGAAGUGAAGCGCGAGUUAUCAUGUACGAACGCGUUCAUACUCGUUCGCUCAGGGGAACGCGCGUUCCACGAUCGAUGAUUCCACGAAAAGUCCUCGUCAGGUCGCGGCCAUGUUAGUGAUCGAAUUGAUAUUAUAAUGUGGCAGCGUCGUUAUAACGCUGGCUCUGCUGGUUGUAAACCAGCCGGGUUCUUCCUUCUCCGUUACUGCGCACACUAAGCUAUUCCAUUCCUAUCGUGUCCAUCCAUCCCAUAGUCAUAAUAUGAUUUUAUCGUGUUCAUCCAGUGCUUUGCGCAGCUAACUGCACGCUCGUUAGCUCCUGUGAGGUCAUCUUCAGUGCAUGGAGUUGUGGGCGGAUAAGGCGAUGUUGCAUUGUCUGCCUUUCACCGCAGUCACGGGUAGUGGAGUCACUGGAAUAUCCCCAUUUCAGCAUGCGACAAAACUGUGAGUUUGAUGACAAGCUGUGAAUCGAUGAAAUGAGACUCGAGCGAAAUCACGUUUCUCUUCACCAAUCUCGGGGUUGUUUCGUUAACCGGAAUGUCUCUCUAAUUUAUCAUAAAUUCUAUCAAUUUUCUGAGUAAAGAGUGUGGCUAAUUUUAACAUAAUUGGCUAGUGUACCGCCUUCGCCCCUCGAAAACUGUAACGUAUGUUGCAGGUUUUAACCGGACUUUGUGAUCUCGCAAGUAACUGCAACGCCACACUUUUUAACGUGCCACUUUUUUUCGAAAUGUCAAUGGCAAACCAGUAAAUGUGUAAUAGGCAAUAUACCAUAAGCAUAUCCGUAGAAAAAAAAAAAAAACGCAUUCUGUACGUGGCAAAACUCGUGCAAUGAUUCUACUGUUUGGCAGGUGCAGAAAACCGGGCCGGCAAAGUCCAGAAAUUAUGGCAUGAUAUAGUAUCAACAGUUAACCAAACAUUAUGUUAAUUAUCUCUUGAUUAUGUUCAUAUAAUGACCCUAGAGAUAUACUACAACGUUACAAACGCUAUAUAUAUAUAUAUAUAUAAUGU